GCUGCCCUGCUCUCCGGAUUGACCUGCCCGCUGAAGGGCCGUCGAGCCAACCCUCCCCCUCCGCUGUGAGCACUGACAGGAGACAGCCGAUAUAUAAAGCCCGGCAGCAGGCUUCCAGCGGGCAUCCGUCACCAGAUCAUCAUCACCCUCCUCUUCUGCAUCUUUUCGACCUGUAACCUGACUUGGAUUCAUUCUUGUUGUUGUGUUAUCAGGAUAGCACAGAGCAGGAGCAACCAUGUCUCACGGAUGGGGAUACGGACCAACUAACGGACCUGAAAAAUGGGGACAAGAUUUUCCUGUGGCUAACGGGGCCAGACAGUCUCCCAUCAACAUCGUCCCAGGGGAGGCCCAAUACGACUCCACUCUGAAGCCUCUAAAGCUCAAGUACGACCCCUCCAACUCCAACGGCAUCCUCAACAACGGACACUCCUUCCAGGUGGACUUUGUGGACGACACAGACAGUUCUACCCUGACAGGAGGUCCUAUUUCUGGAACUUAUCGUUUGAAGCAGUUUCAUUUCCACUGGGGAGCCAGUGACGACAGAGGCUCCGAGCACACUGUCAAUGGCAUCAACUUCCCCUGUGAGCUUCAUCUGGUGCACUGGAACACUAAGUACCCUAGCUUUGGCGAGGCAGCCAGCCAGCCGGAUGGACUCGCUGUGGUCGGGGUCUUUCUCAAGAUUGGUGCUGCCAACCCCAGGCUUCAGAAAGUUCUGGAUGCCUUGGAUGCUAUUAAGACUAAGGGAAAGCAGACCACCUUUCCAAACUUUGACCCAAAGACUCUCCUUCCUGGUUCUCUGCAUUACUGGACCUAUGAUGGCUCUCUGACCACGCCUCCCUUGUUGGAGAGUGUCACCUGGAUCGUCCUCAAGGAGCCAAUCAGCGUCAGCCCUGCACAAAUGGCCAAGUUCCGCGGCCUCCUCUUCACUGGAGAAGGAGAAUCUCCAUGCUGCAUGGAGGACAACUACAGGCCUCCUCAGCCUCUAAAGGGCCGUAAGGUCCGCGCCUCCUUCAAAUAAACCCUGCUUCAUCUCCAUAGCUUCCUUACCCCCUUGGGGCUCAUCCUUCCCUCCUUUCCUGAACCUUCGUACUCCCAUUUUUCUUCAUAUGCAGUCUUUUCUUAGCUUGUAUAAGCCCUAUUGACAUUAACUUGAAAUGUAGAAACUUCUCCUUACACGUUUUAUGACAUAUACUACCUGGAUGUAUCUUGAAUAAAAUAACUUUGAGCCGUUUUUAAGCUUUGACACCAUCAAGACAUUGGCCCCAUUUACACUUUUCAAUUUGAGUGUUUUGUAUCCAGAUUAAAUCCAGUCCACCCUCUAGUCCAAAUAUGGCCACUUCUGGUUU